CCUGUGUCUCAGUAAAGAGGCACAUUUUAUUUAAGUCAAGUGAUUUGAGUUAAAUCUUAAUAUUUUUAGGUCUAGAAUCUACAUAACUCAGAGAUUGGACAUUCUUAAUGAAUCACCCUGUAGAUUCGAUCGUCGAUCACAAACUUAACAAUGAUUCAUUGUGUAGUUAAUAACGGUGGCAUUGAAAAUAUUGAUAACAAUGGAAUAUCCAGUUUUGUAGUAAUUAUGAACUUGAAUUGUAGCAUCUGUGAUUAAGACAAAAAUGUCUAGUAAUCACAUCAUAUACCUACCAUAAAAGGUAGAUAAUAAUAUGUAUGUGUUGUGUUAGUAAUCUAGGAACUCGCAAUGCGUAUAAAAUUAUUAUCAUUUUGAUAUAGUAUAUAUAGACAGGUACUUAAUAGAUUAAUUUAAUCUUUAUUACCGUUUUCCUAAGUUUAAUCUUAUCUAAUGUAUUUGCUGCCGCAAUGGCAGAUUGUGUAUUUUGUGAAAUCAUUUCCGGACAAGAGGAAGCAACUCUGUUCUUUGAAAAUGACGAUUUUAUUAUUUUCAAGGAUAUAAAACCAGCUUCAAAGUAUCAUUUGCAAGUCGUGCCUAAGAAACAUAUACGUAAUAUUCAUUAUUUAAAACCACAGGAUAAAGAUUUUGUGGAAGAAAUGUUGGUACUCAGCAGAUACAUUCUUGAACUGAAUGGAGGAGACUGUAAUGAUGCUAGAAUAGGUUUUCAUUGUCCGCCAUAUACAAGCGUAAAUCAUCUCCAUCUCCAUGUAAUAUCUCCCGAAUCUGAGAUGCGUGCCUAUCAACGAAGCAGAUUUGAAUCUCCUAAAUUUAAAUUGGUGGAGGACGUAAUAUCACAACUUAGUAAACAAUAAAUAUAAUAGAAUAAAGAAUCUUGCCGAAUUAAGUGACGAAAAUGGAUCACAAAUGUUACAGUAAAAGAAUUAUACAUACAUAAUAUAGCUUUAUUUAUUUCUAUAUAAUAUAAUUUGUACAUACAUUCAGAAUUAUUAUCACUAUGAAAACGUAUGUGAUAUAUUACAAUUACAAUAUAAUAAAAAAAUAUAUUUUUAAAUAGAUA